GGUGAGUGAAACAGGACAAAUAAGUUGUUCACUUGUCUUGGGGAAAGCAAGAGUAGCCCCUACCAAACUAACAACCAUCCCAAGGCUUGAGUUAUCAUCAGCUGUGACCUCAGUCCGCAUUGGUGAUAUCAUCAGAGGCGAGCUGGAGAUUGAAAAUGUGCAAGAGUAUUACUGGACUGACUCAAAGGUGGUCCUUGGCUAUGUGAACAAUGAUGCUAAAAGGUUCCAAACAUUCGUGGCCAACCGCAUCCAGCGAAUAAGAUCUAGCACAAAACCUGAACAAUGGCGAUAUGUCAACUCUGAAGACAACCCAGCUGAUGGAGCCUCAAGAGGAUUGACUGCAGUUCAAAUUAAAGAAUCUAACUGGCUGAAAGGACCCAACUUCCUUUGGCAGCAAAAUCUCCCACAUGAAGUGGGAAUGGUGGGAGAAGUUGAGGCUACUGAUCCUGAACUUCGGAGAGUACAUGUUCAUGCAGUUAAAGCAAGAGAACAGAAUCCAAUGGUAAACCGUUUAACUAAAUUUUCUGACUGGUCCAGAGUGGUGAGAGCAAUUGCCAGGCUCAAGAGAUUUGUCAGAGAGUUUAAGGGAUUUCAGUCGAGAACUAAUGAGUCGACUAAUCUUGAAGAACGAAGAGAAGCAGAGAUCUUCAUCAUCAAACUCGUACAAGAAGACGCGUUUGCUGAAGACAUAAAGAAAAUAAGAGGCAAGAAGGAACACACUUUGAGCAGGCACAACAGGCUACGCCAGCUGAAUGCUUUCCUGGACGAAACCAAUGUUCUCAGGGUGGGAGGACGGCUGUCUCAGUCAGCCUUACACCAUGAUGUAAAGCAUCCUGCGAUACUUCCAAAAAAAUCUCACGCGUCAGCUCUGCUGGUCAAACAUCAUCAUGAGCGCAUACACCAUCAAGGAAGGGGCAUGACCAUGAAUGAGUUGCGCGCAAACGGAAUAUGGGUCCUAGGAUGUGGAAGUGUGGUCUCCUCACACAUUUACAAGUGUGUAAAAUGUAGACGAUACAGAAGAACAACUGAGGUUCAACAAAUGGCAAAUCUACCAGAAGAGAGAAUUGAGACAUCUCCCCCCUUUACUUAUUGUGGGCUUGAUUGUUUUGGCCCCUUUAUUGUGAAGGAAGGAAGGAGAGAGUUGAAACGAUACGGAUUGUUAUUCACCUGCCUAUGUUCUAGAGCAGUUCACAUAGAAACCCUUGACGAUUUGACAACAGACGCAUUCAUAAAUGCACUUCGAUCAUUCAUAGCUAUUCGAGGACCCGUGCGCCAGCUAAGAUGUGAUAGAGGGACAAACUUUGUUGGUGCUAGAAAGGAGCUUUCUGAGUUGCUUGAAGGAAUGGAUCAAGACCGUACAAGGGCGCUUGGUUGUGAAUUUGUGCUGAAUGUCCCAUCAGCUAGUCAUAUGGGAGGAGUUUGGGAGCGCCAGAUUCGAACAAUCCGAAGCAUCCUGAUAACUAUGCUUGACAAGUCUGCCAGCAGACUUGACACCACAACUCUAAGAACGUUUCUGUAUGAAACAAUGGCCAUAAUCAACAGCAGGCCACUAAGUGUCGAGCAUCUUCACGAUCCUACUGGUCCUGAACCCCUCACUCCUAACCACAUUCUAACCAUGAAAUCAUCUGUAAUUCUGCCACCUCCUGGACAGUUCUGCAAAGAAGACCUCUAUCUGCACAAAAGGUGGAGAAGAGUGCAGGUCUUGGCCAAUGAAUUUUGGCAACGAUGGAAACGAGAAUACCUGCUAAACCUCCAACAACGACAAAAAUGGCAGAAGACGUCACGAAACUUGCAAGCAGAUGACAUUGUAAUAUUAAAGGAUGACAGUGCACCAAGAAACCGGUGGAAGCUUGCAAGGGUUGUGGAAGCCCUGCCCAGCACAGAUGGCAAGUUCUCACGGCGUAAAGGCGUAAUGGCGUAUCGGCGUACUGGUGAUGGUGAAGCUGAGGAGAGAAAGCUCAAGUAAUAAACGCCCGUUUCAAAGAACCGACCUGUGUCUGUGUUGUCGUGAAGAGA